CUUAAAAUGAUUUGUUCUAAACUUCGUUUGUCAUUUUCUUUGUUGGGUUGUAGACUAUUUAAUUUAUUUGUGACAGCAGCGGACUAGGUAGACUUUGUAUAGCGGACGUAUAAACGACUAAUAGAGAUUUAAUAGCACAACUGAAACCCUUUUACACAAUUACUGCUAACUGCUAAUCUUGAGAUAGCUAACAUGUUGCCUUCGCACGCUGUCGGAAAUAUGUAGCGCGACGGUUUCAGGAAUGUGGCAUUAAAUGGUGAUACAUCGGACUGGCCUGCUUGUUAACUAAAUAACAAAACACCCUCUUUGAGUAGACAUAUUUUUGAAUGGGAGGGAGGACGUGGCACCACCAGGCUUUAAUUUAUAUCACUCUGAUGACCGUCUUAUGACUACUGUGACCAAAUAUGGCCUCAACCAUCAUAUGACAUCGACCCAAAUAGGUUUUCAGUCUGAAUAAUUGAUUAUAAGCGUAUGAAAGGUAUGGUGGAGUCUUUAAAACAGCAAACCCAGCUGCCUGGUGCUUCCACAUGCCUGCAAAUACCCAGAAGUGAGUUCAGUAUUACGGUGCGUAUUUUCUCUUUAACCCUGCGAUAAACAAUGACAGGGCAGUUUACGAGGAGCAGUGAAUGCAGCAGCAGUGAAUGCAGCAGCAGUACCGUGGUCGCACUGUAGGGGGCGGUAGACACCUGUCUGACUGCUUUGAGGUUCACUCUUUUGUUAGAAGAAGGGAAACUCUGUGGUUGUAGUCAUUCGCUGACUGAAUGGUUUUUGUAGUCGUGUCUGAACAACUUUGGACCGACGCGGAAGAGAGACAGAAGGUUUUGACAGCUGUAUGGGACAAAACAGUUCACAGGGUGCCAGAAUGACUUCCCCUGUCCGUGUCAUCGUGGUGGGAGCUGGCAGUCGAGGGGAGAUCUACUCCCAGUUUGCAUCCGUCCAUCCUGAUCGUGUGCAGGUUGUCGGCGUAGCUGAUCCAAGGAAAUUCGCUCGCACUAAAAUUCAACAGCAACACAAAAUUGUAGAUGAAAACAUAUUUGAAGACUGGCACAGUAUAGUUGAAAGAGAGAAGUUUGCAGAUGCUGUGUUAAUUUGUACUCCAGACCGACUUCAUAAGGAACCUGCGGUGGCCUUUGCGAAGAAGGGCUACCAUGUUCUGCUGGAGAAACCAAUGGCAACAACUGCCGAAGACUGCAAAGCGAUUGUGGAGGCUUGCACUCAGAGUGGUGUGAUGCUGUCAGUAGGUCAUGUUCUCCGCUAUGACCCCGUCAUCCACAAAAUAAAGGAGCUGAUAGAUGCUGGAGUCAUAGGUGAUGUGAUCCACAUUCAACACUUGGAGCCGGUUGGGUUUUAUCACUUUGCUCACUCAUUUGUUCGGGGGAACUGGAGGAAUGAAGCAGAGAGCUCUUUUGCUCUUUUGGCUAAGUCUUGCCAUGACAUUGACCUAAUGCAUCACUGGGCUGGAGCACGCAGGUGUGUCAAAGUGUCAUCGUUUGGAUCCGUUAGCCACUUCCGAAAAGAAAACAAGCCAACAGGUGCUGCAGAUCGCUGCCUGGACUGUUCAAUAGAAAGAGACUGUGCGUACUCAGCGUGCAAAAUCUACCUGGAUAGAGUGAAACAGGGUAACACUGGCUGGCCUGUAUCAGUCAUAUGUCCGAGCUCUUUCCCAGACAUUGAGUCAGUGACUGAGGCGCUGAGGACAGGACCGUAUGGCCGCUGUGUCUACGAGUGUGACAACGACGUGUGCAGUAACCAGGUUGUCAACAUGGAGUUUGAAGGGGGUGUGACGGCAGCCUUUUCCAUGGUGGCGUUCACUGAGGAGAUAUGCAAGCGAAAAACAUCCAUCUAUGGCAGCAAGGGGGAGCUGACAUAUGACGGCCAUGAGGUACGUGUGUUUGACUUUCUGACUCAGAGAGCCACAAAGCACACGGCACACAAUAAUGCCCCCAGGCACUUUGGCAUGAGUGGACAUGGUGGAGCAGACUACCACCUCAUGGAUGCCUUUAUUUCUGCUGUUGCGAACAACGAUCCAUCCCUGAUCCGCUCGGGGCCGGAGGAGACACUCCUGAGCCAUUUGCUGGUGUUUGAAGCUGAGCGAUCGCGACUGGAGAACAGGGUGGUGUACUGUGGUGACACGAACCACAGUUAGACAAGUGAAAGACAGUUUGAUAUGAAAAUGAUCUCGCCUUAAAAUCAUCAAACACUAUAAUAAUGAUACCUGGAUGAUUAAAGACACAACUAAACUAAUGAAUGGAGGCCAAAUCUUGAAGCGUAAUAAUACUGAUUAUUUAGUUCAUGUUGCUCAGGGAUUUUAAUACCAUGUGUGCUUGUGUGUGAGAGAGUAAGUGAACCUGUUUAGUGUUUAAAUUAUGAAAGUGCAAAGAACUUAAUUAUUUGUUGUUCAGCAUAAUGUUAUAUAGUGAUAAUUGAGUAAGUAAUGUUCAUGUAAAGUAUUCUCUUGCUACUAAAAAAUUGUGAAUCUGUAAUGUAAA